UCCUCAUCCCUGGAGGGAGCUCUGCAAUUGGUUUUUGCGUUCUUAUGAAUGUUCUCUCUAGUUCAACUCUCCCAAAUUGGAAUGUCAUGUUGCUCCAAUCUACUUUGAAAUAGUCGGCUACACUUUGAUCAUGUUUCCUACACAAAACUUCUAUUACUUCUUUAGAUUGAUUUGAGGGGUCCCCUGCUUCAUUGAUCCACCAAUCGAUUAACUUAUAUGAGGCUAGAAUUCUACCAUGUAAGUGGGAGUCUUCGGGGCCUAUAAGAUGUGUUGGAACCCCAUAGUUGACUAUAGAAUCUUUCCUUACAGCCAGGGGAUACUUGCAUGCCAUGUUUGACAUUGCCGUAAUUAAAGGGUUUGGGUCUUUCACGUUUCUUGAAUUUCUCUCAAUUGACCGGAUGUUAUUGGUGCUCGUAUUCCUCAAAAUCGAUAUUGCUUUCUCUUUUGCCUUUAGAAUUUCCUUAACUGCUGCCAUUAGUUGGCUCUUACUGGAGUUAUUGUGUUCAUCCAUAACUGAAAAGGAAAUUCUAACGACGUGCCAAGUCAUCAUUAAGAUAACGGCGUCGCAUUGGCAAUCUACGCCAAAAGGAAGGAAAAGGGAACGCAGUACUGGACAAUCGCUGGAUCCGGCAGCGAAGCAGCAGCAGACACGCGUUCCGCCUCAUUCGACGUGCCAAGUCAUCAUUAAGAUAACGGCGUCGCAUCAGCAAUCUCCGCCAAAAGAGAGGAAAAGGGAACACAGUACUGGACGAUCGCUGGAUCCGGCAGCGAAGCAGCAGCAGUAAGACUUCGCCACGACCGCGUUGUCGUUCAUCAAACAAGAUAAGUGUCUUUCCUUCAACAUUCCCAAUCCCUUAAUAUCAAAUCCAUAAUUAUUGCCUUCACAGUGUAUCAGAAGUUUCGUACAUUUGUGCAAAGGAUAAAUAACAUAAUUUUACGUAAAUCAUCCACGUGUUCAAAAAGAUACCAAGUGCAUUGUUAUGCAAUCUUGCUACUAUUGCUUUAAAAUACAAAAAAACAAUCAAACCUUCAUUUCAAAAACGUUUUUUCGGUUAACAAGCUGCCUAUCCACGCAUUUCGUAAAAAUUCUAUACAAUUUUACGCGUCAUUCUGCGAUCUACCUACACAUUAUAAUUAUUCAAUCAUUGUUUAAUCUUAAAUCAUUAGAAUUCAUUGUUUUAAAAUAUAUUAAUAUACAGUAAAAGUCAUAAAAUUCAAUAAGCAAGUUUAACAUUAGCCAAUUUAAUUGUCACUGAUUACGAAACAGCACGUUAUUGAUUAUAAUAUAUUAUUUCUUUCUGCUCAUUCGUUUGGCCGACGUUUCCAGGCUCGCCCCGCGAUCGAUCGCGCCGCUUCCGAACAUACAGCACCGCACGUAAUAAGCCGUGCUCCGAGACCGCGAAGACUGCCAUCGAAUGGAGGAGAGUGAGUCGGUACCCGAAUGAAACAACCGUUGCAGCUAAGUCAGAACGAGUGUUUUUUCAUUAUUUAAAAAAUAAUUUGCUAACUUUUCCAUUCUUUAAAACAAGUAACGAUAUUCUAAGAACUCAAGUAAAUUAAAUUUAAAAAUACAACAAUGACUACUGGGUCUGAUAAAGCCAUGAGUAAAUACAAAGAACUGAUUCUAAGGCGUAGUUCUAUUAAAGGUCAAAUAACAAAGUUUAAAAAUUAUUUAGCUUUAUUUGAAUCAUCACCGUUAUCCAGUAUUGAGGUAGCUGAGCUAUCACUAAGAUUAAACAGAUUUGAAAAUUUAUCCACAAAAUUUGAUAGCCUUCAAUCAGA